CGGGCUGCACGUUGAUGAGUGAGUGAGUGAGUGGUAUUUGGCUUAUAUAUAUAUAUAGAUUAUUCAGUACGUAUCAUAUUAUAGUCCAAGUUGACUAGAAAAACUUGUCUUUUUGUGUUUAGACUUUUCCAUUUCAGACUUUAUUUAUUUUUCCUCGAGUUGCUAUUUUUUCGUCUUGUUCAUUUCUUUCAUUGAUAUUCUGUUUCAUCAAUAUGUUGCGUUUGGCGAACAGGCACAGUCACAAGCCUUAUCACUUACUAUCUGCAGCCCAUCGUCGUCGUUUGGAAAAAUUAGAAAGAGCUGCACGUAAUGAAUACGAAUGUUUACAACAGAAGAAUUUAGAUAUUGCUGAUGCUGGAGCCGAUUCAAAUUUCGUCAACGAAGGUCAAAUUCUUGCGGAAUGUAGUUUCAGUCAGACUGAGGGAGUUGAAGUUGUCAUAUCUUCUGAUGCAUCAGCUAAUGAUGUACAAUUUGCUUUUAGUGAGGUCGAUGAAAUAUCAAGUUCUUCAGACGUUGCUGAAUCUAUUUCAGAUUAUGAUAAUGCAGUAGAUAUUGAGCCGCAAAAUACUAUUGAUAAUUUUCGAGAACAUCUUGUCGAAGUCUUCGUAAACAACGGCAUGUCUCAUACUCAAGUAAGUGCUGUUUUACAGGUUCUUCGAACACAUCCUUGUUUAUCUUCAUUGCCAAAAGAUUGUAGAACGCUUUUGAAGACCCCACGAACCACGCAUCCCACAUUUAACAUUGCAGGGGGUGAAUAUCUCCAUUUAGGAUUUGAGGCAGGAAUUCUGUCCAUUCUUCAACAAACCUGUCCAGAAUUGAUUCCACGUGAUACUUUGAUGAUAGAUUGUAGCACAGAUGGUGUAACAUUAGAUGUGCAGGGCAAAAUUCAAAUGUGGCCAAUACAAAUUAGGAUUGCAAAUAUUCCUCGAAAUAAACCCGAAAUCGUAGGCAUCUGGCGAGGUUCAUCAAAACCAACUAACGCGCAGGAAUUAUUCCAACAUUUUGUGGAUGAAGUGCGAGAUGUAUUAAAUCGUGAAGGAAUUAUUUUUCAUAAUCAAUUAAAAUUGAUUAAAAUGAGAUGCUUCAUUGCUGAUUCUCCUGCGCGGGCUUUUGUAUUAGGUCACAAAGGCCAUGGCAGUAUAUUUCCAUGUUCAAAAUGUUGGAUUCGAGGAAAUUGGCUUCGUCGUGGAGUAGUAGUUUAUCGUGGUAUUCAACACAGGUCCCGUACAGACGAAGAGUACAGACAGAAGAUUGAUGGAGAACAUCAUACAGAUUCUGACUCUGUUCUGCUUACUUUGGGGAUGGGAUUGAUAACUCAAACGGUCUUUGACUACAUGCAUAUCGUUUGUCUAGGUGUUGUCCCCAAAAUAAAUAGCGUUUUUGUAGAUGGAAAAUAUAAUCCAAGUUUAAAACUUUCAACUAGAUUACUUGAAAUUAUGACAACAUGUCUACAGCAUGUUCACAAUUAUUGCCCUAAAGAAUUUUCGCGAAAACCGCAAUUAAUCAAAAAGUAUGGAGGGUUUAAGGCUACGGAAAAUCGUCAACUUCUUUUAUAUACUGCCCCAGCUGUUUAUUACGGACUCAUAAAUCCUGCUGCGUACAAACAUUUUCUUCUAUUACAUUCCGCCAUUCGAGUUCUAGUCAGCUCUUCCUUAUCAGAAGACCGUCUUGAUUUUGCCCAUACAGCAUUAAGCAUUUUUGUGAAUAGAGCAGAAGAUAUAUAUGGUCCAGAAUUUCUUUCUUAUAUUACUCAUUGUCUUUUACAUCUCGUAGAUGAUGUGAGACGCUUCGGCUCAUUGAAUGAAUUGUCCAUGUUUCCAUAUGAAAAUAAUAUGACGUAUUUCCGCAAAGUUUGCCGCAAGCCUCAUUAACAUUUACAGCAAAUCAUAAAUAGGCGAUUUGAAAAAUUCCAAGUUCCACAAAACAUUAAUAUAACUGAGGAAGUGAUGCGUUCUACAAGACCCUGGGUUAGUCCUGUAGUUUUUAAUGCCCCGUUAGAUAGUCGCCAAUUUCAGAUUUUAGACACAGGAAAAUUUCGUAUAUCGGUGAAGAAUCAGGAUAAUACGAUAAUAUUACAGAAUUCAAAGAUUUAUCUUGUUCAGAGCAUCAUUCUUUCGCGUGAGCAUUAUCAGUUGGCGGUUAAAGAAUUUUGCAGAGUUGAAGAUUUUUUCGAUGUAGGUUUACCAUCAUCAUCAUUAGGUGUUUUUCGAUGUUCUGUAUUAUCCGAUGAAGUCAUUAUAGUAGAUCUCAAUGAAGUGCACAGUAAAUGUUUUCGCAUGCCAUAUUGGCACACUGAAUGGCAUACAGAUCCUAUAGUUGACGUCUGGGUAGUAGCAGUCAUUUUACAUACCAGGGAUUAAGACGGUCUCGUGAAGUGGAUUCUAUGAAAUUUUUACUCAGAUGAGUCAACGAGGACGAGAGACAGGAAGGGAAGCAGACAAGACAAGGAAAGCGUUGCAGUUUCUGAAUAUUAUCACGAUCACCACUAUCACCUGUACAACGCCGUCACCCAUCACCCGUCAGACAAGAACAUGAAGAAGAAUGGACAGAAGA